AUGCACUUGGUAGAUUACAGCAAUGAAUCAGAAGAAGAUGAUUCAGUUUCGCCAACAUAUGAACAAUUAUUCGAAAAUUCGGGUUUUUCAACAGAAAAACGUCCACUGGAAAAUGCGUUAGGGGUUAUAUUCAAUGAAAAAAUGAAUUAUCUGUAUCCAAAGAUAACCACAAAUUGGGAUAGAAAUAAGCUUGAAAGAGUCAAUUCGGAAAUCUGGAACAGUUAUGAAAAGAAUCGACAAAAAAUGUGGGAUUUUGCGAGAAAAUGCAAAGCAAAACUACGAAUUAUGAAUGUUUUACAAACAAUGUUUCCGGAUGACAAAUUGGAAGUAUUUUGUACUGGAAGUACUAUAAAUGGAUGCUGCUCUGUCAACUCUGACUUGGAUAUUAGUGUUUCAAUUUCAAACUUGAAUAAAAUUAAGUAUGUUAUUUGUCAAAGACUGUUAGAAAUAAUUCCUUUUUUGUUUUACAGGAAAUAUAUCGAUGUUCUUUUCAAAUUGAAAAAAAGAUUAAUACAGCAAAGAUCAGAACUCGAGAUUGUUUUUGGAAGUGUUGAAGUUACUAGAGCCAAAAUUCCAAUAGUGAAGCUGAAAAUGUUUCACAGAUCGAAAAAUCCACUGUCUAUUGAUAUCAGCUUGAAUAAUUAUCACGGUGUUCGAAACUCGUGUUUAUUAAGUGCAUAUUCAUCGUGAGUUCAGAAAAAAAAUUUUUGAAACAUAAUUCACUAUCUUUCAGAAUUGAUUUGAGACUCCCAGCAAUUGUCAAUAUUUUGAAACUUUGGGCAGCAAAAAACAAUAUUUUAUCAUCAGUCAAUGGUUAUUUGAACAGUUACACACUUGUUUUGAUGACAAUUCAUCUGUUUCAAAGUGCUGUUAACCCACCAAUUCUUCCAAAUCUCCAACACAUUUACUCUGAUUAUUUUCAUAAAUUUGAAGAGAGCGAAUUCGAGCUCUUCGGAAAGAUUCAAAAUUUGCCGGAAAUGGAGGAAAAUCAUAUGUCGGUUGGAGAGCUUUUGAGAUUGUGGUUCACUUAUUAUGAUAAUCUUCGUUUGCAUAAAAUUGAAAUUGAUAUUAAAAGAGGAACACUUUAUAAGUGGUGAGAAUCUUGGGGGACUUUGUAAUAUUAAGAUUUUUUAUGGUUUAUAAGGACAACAUUAUAAUAUUUCUUUAAUGAAAAAUCAAAAUAGCUUUUGAAAUCAAUCCAUUAAACUUUUCAGCAAGCAAUAUCCUUUUGAAGAAAGAAGUCUUAUCGUUGAUGACCCAAUCAAUGGAGAAAAUACUGCAAGGUAUUUUAUAACUGAACCAUGAAACACCAAAAUUGAUUUUUUUCAGAUGUGCGAUAAAAAUGAAUGAAAUCGAAGAAGCUGUCAGCGAUGCUGCUACUCGCUGCAUGAAAGGCAAUUUCUGCUUGGCAGAUAUUGGCAUUUCUGUUUAA